AUGUUUCUGGUUGCUCAGAUGUUGGAAGCAGCCGAUGAAAAUGUAUUAGCCGCAAAGAUGCUUCGCACAAUCGUCGACUUUAGCCGAGGUGUGUCUGAAAUGCAGGGACAUCUCGCUCAAUCUUUGUGGUUUCUCGGGACCUUAGAGCGACGAUUGGGGGACAUUGUUUCUGCUGAACGGCUCAAAGCUGAGGCGUUGAAUGAGCGCAAUAAGCUUGGUGAAAGAGGGUCUUUGGUUGAGGACGUUGACCACAGUUUCAAGAGCUUGGUUGGAUGGAUGCUCUGGUAG